UCCCUCUUAUUGGAUUUCGAAAGUGCCACAGGUGGCAUGCAGAGCCGUUCCUGCCUCCCUCCUCUUUGCGCAUGCGCAGCUUUUUUCUAUAUAAACUAAGGAAGUUUCAGUUUCGGAGCACGUGGCAGAAAGCAAGAGAGAACAAGCAGCAGAAAGCAAGAGAGUCCUCCACCACCACCGCCAUUUCUGUUUCUCCCGCUUGGCUUGGCUGACGGAGGGAAGGCGGGGUGGUCGAAGAAGGACCAGCUGGAUGCUAGAACCGCGCUUGCCGCUCAGAGACUGAGGCAGCAGCAUCACCAGCCGCAGACGCCUUCCGGAGCUGCCCGAGGAUGCCCCGGUGCUUUUUGCUGAAGAGGAGUCUCAGACCUAUGCCCAUCUCUUACUGGACGCGUUGCUCCUGCUACCCGGCCGCUGGGUUGAAAGGAGGAGAUCUGGUGCAGCUCUUGGUUCCUCCACCUUUUCCCGCCCCUCAUUUCCCCAGCGCGGCUUCUGCCUCGGAAUCCGCCGAAGUGGCGCUUCUGCCUGCGCCCGCGGUGCCGCAGUUUGGGACACCGGAGAGCCCCUCUUCGCCGGCGCCACUGCACAGUCCAGUGCAAGCGGUGAGCAAGGAAUGUAGCCUCCACCUGGCCUUGCCCGUCUCAGCCGAGUCCUUCCCGGCUCCAGAACCAUUACUCUUGGGCCCUGGAGGAGACCUCAAGCUUUGGGCAUACGUUGCCGGUGCACCGACCAAGGCCAAGCCUGUUCCGGAGGAGACUGCCAAGGGAGGGGGUGGCGGCAGCGGCAACAGUAGUAGCAGCAGCGAGCAGGAUACGCCGAGUCCCAGGAGCAGUGGGGGUGGCAGCAGCAGAGAACCGGAGGCUGCCAGAGCCGAGGAAUUCACCUGCCCGCAUUGCGCCAAGUGCUUCCGACGUCAGAGCGCCCUGCGCAAGCACCUGCCGCUCCACCACAAGCCCCUUGACGGCUUGUCCCAGGCUUGCCCGCUUCCCAAGGCCCAUCUGGAAGAGGUGGCCCCGGACGGCCACAGCCCGCUGAGCUUGUCCGGGGAGUGCCACUUCUGCCCAGUGUGCAGGGAGACCUUCCCCAGUAAGAGCGGUCAGGAGCGUCACCUGCGCAUUCUCCAUGCUGCCCAGGCCUUCCCCUGCAAAUACUGCCCAGCAACAUUUUACAGCUCGCCAGGCCUCACCCGCCACAUCAACAAAUGCCACCCCUCAGAGAACCGGCAGGUCAUCUUGCUCCAGGUCCCCGUGCGGGUGUGAGAGGGCAGCCGGCGGUUCCAAGGCGUGCGGAUCCUCCUCACAGCUUCCAAGGCCCCGGAUGUGCCGCUGCUUGGCUCUCCACCAGAGCCUCCUCGGGCAAUUGUGCGGAGCUGCUUGUGCAUCCUUGGCAGCGCCUCCC